UUCUUGCUUUCAGCGGGCGCUUUCUUCUUUGAAGUACGGGAGUGAGUAUGCGACCCUGCUGACCACCAGGUUGCCAACCAGCUUAAGCGUAAGCGGCCCCCGGGACGUGCAGACACCAGCCGUAUCAGCAGCGUGGACGGCUACGUGCCGUGACCCCACAUCCAGGCUGAGUGGGCUGGCGCUCGCCCUGUGCCUCGGAGCGCUCAUCGGCGCCACGGCAGUGGGCAACGCGCUCGUUUGCCUCUCCGUAUGUCUCGUGCGCCGGCUGCGACACCCGUCCAACCACCUCCUCGUGUCCUUGGCCGUCUCCGACCUCUGCGUGGCCCUGCUGGUCAUGCCUCCCGCCCUGCAUCUCGAGCUCACCGGUCACCGUUGGGACCUCGGUCCGACGGCCUGCGACGCCUGGGUGUCCGUGGACGUUGCCUCCUGCACCGCCUCCAUCCUCAACCUGUGCAUGAUCUCCGUGGACCGCUACCUGGCCAUCACGCGACCCUUGACCUACGGCGUCCGGCGCACGGCGCGAAGGGCCUGGGCCUGCAUCGGCGCCGUCUGGCUUCUCGCCGGGCUCAUCAGCGUGCCGCCCCUUCUGGUACUCGGCAACGAGCACGGCACUCCCGACAUGCCGACCUGCCUCGUCUGCCAGCACCUGGCCUACCAGCUGUAUGCCACGCUCGGAGCGUUUUACAUACCCUUGGUGGUCAUGCUCGCCAUGUACUGGAGGAUCCACCGAGCCGCCAAGAAGGUCGUCGAAGCCGAGCACAGGGCGAGGCCGGGACCCCGUACGAGGAGCCUGAGGGUCGCCGUGAGGGAGCGCAAGGCUUCCAUAACUCUGGGAAUAAUCCUGACUGCAUUCACGGCCUGCUGGCUUCCCUUUUUCGCCAUCGCCCUGGUGCGACCGUUGGGAGGCCAGCCUCUGCCGGAUUGGGCGCACAGCUUCGCGCUCUGGUUAGGCUACGCCAACUCGGCGCUCAAUCCGGUCAUCUACGUAACCUUCCACCACGACUUCCGGCGGGCGUUCCGGGACUUGCUGUGCCUGCGAUGCGACGGGCGGGAAGGCGGAAGCAGCGCAGUUGAGAUUGGAAGCGGAAACGGGGAAGGAGGAAAACUCCUCGGCAUGAAGAACAAAAGUAAUCGAACCUGGACCUGACCGCAGUGGUCGUCGCCGGCAGGACUCCAUUCCUACAAAGGCGACGUGGGCGGGAAACCCAAGAAAGAGAACGGAGAGAGACGGCGCGACAAAGAACAGCGCCGUCAAAGUCAAGCAACAUGUGACUCGACUGCGACGCCCACCACUCCUCGGUUUCAUUGAUCUACCGCCUCAUCGCACACCCGUGAAUUGAACAAUCCACCCACCAAUCACAACAAAAAUUAACUGUUUUGUGUCCGGCUGGUUGAAAAACAGCGCGGAAUCCUCCAAGUGCACCGUGACAUCCCUCUACCGAAGCGUUGGCGAAGGCAUCUAUCUCAUGCGACAGCGGCAGCCGCGUGACAGAUGGGUUAGGGACACAAUGGGAUGCUUGCGUGAGAGACAUAGUGCAACCUGUUUUGUCUAAGCCUAACGCUUUAGUGCGCGAUACGGAACAUGCACUUCAGGGCAGUGCCAUAACAACUACGCCAGAAUGUGCGUCUUUAUUAACAUUUCUGGUGAAAAAGAAGAGAAUUUUCUUUGCAGCUUUUACUUCGAACAUCCUUAAAAAUAUGUUUGCUGACUAUACACGGCACAAGUGAGCAAGAACACCGACAUAAUCUACAUAAAUAAACUGCACAAAGAUAUCCUAAAAGAAGGUAUAACCAGAUGUUUCAGUAAGGGCUCUCGUGGUGAAAUUUAAACUUCCAGUAGUUCCAUGUUUAGUAUGAUUUCGACAAUAAUACUUUGCUGUGUAACCAUUAUAAGUAUGCUUACGCAAGUAGGCAAUGACGAUUGCCGACGGUUCGAGCUUUUGUGAAGCCUUACUUGACGGCUUCAAAGUCCAUUAAAUUCUAUCGCAUGGAAAACGGCGUUAUACAUACCGUAUAGUUCUUGCUCUGAAGAAGGGAAGUCCUUUGGUGAAAAAGUUGGCGCCAGCAAGAAGCUUCCCUUGUCCACCCCACUUCUGAUUUAUCACAUGUAUAUGCAUAUUUCGAGUGUCAAUUGAGCUGCAUUUUUUUUCUACCAACAGCAUAUAAAUAUUGUCAAUAGAAGUUACGACUGAAAAUAUCGCCUGAAAUACAAUGACGCCACAAUUACAAUUGUAAUGAUUGACAUUCAAAGCGAUUAUCCACAAGAAAAAUAGUAAGGUAAGAAAAUUCACGAUACCUGCAAUAUCACAAUUUCUCAGAAAGCAAAACGCAAGCUAUAUUUUAUAAAGAUACCUUUUAUAUUGUUGAAGAACUUACAAAUAGCAGGACCAAGACUUACUCUUAUGUAAAGAUUGUCUUAUAUUGGGAUUCCUGUAAGUUCUUUUCACAUCCGCGGGAAGCAAACUUGGCUUCAACUGGUGUACGCAUGUUUUUAAGGAUAAUAGUUAUAACUGAAAUACUCCAAAUGCAAUAUUCCAUACUGGCCGCACCCCAUGGCUUCCCCUUCUAGAGCAUUUUUCAUCAGCCAACAUUAGUGCGCCAAAUAUGAACAUGUGAAAUGCUGAGAGUCAUGUUAACAGGGGCGCUCUAAGGCUAAGAUAUUCCACUCAAUUUCUGCCAAUACCUCUACACAAUUUGUCAAGCAAUUUUGAAGCUAUUCCCAUCUCUACUCUCUGUGAUGCGAUUCACGAAAACCGCAAAAGCUCCCCAUUUUUAUUUGACGUUCAAACAGUGAUUAACACGACUGGGCCGAAGAAAAGUAAAAUAAACGUUCCGUUUUUACACCUUCUUUGUCACUUGUAUACCCCUAGUGGUCACAGUUUUUCGGGCUGCAUCCACUUCGUCUGUCUGUGAUGCGACGUCGCAAAACCGCCACAACUCACAAUGUCAAAGUGCCACGUACGCACUAAAGAUGCAAUAAUAUGCCGAACAAAACAAACUUUUUUGGAAUAGCCGGUAACUGGGGCCCUAUAACGCAAAACUAUUCUGAUCUGCUUUUAUUCCAAACUGGUGACGUCAUAUUUAUGUAACUGCCGACACAAGCAUCGGACGGACACCUGCAGCGUUGUUUGAACCAGCCAAUCAAAUGCUCUCCUUGUUUAUGGAAGGUCACUUUUGUUUGCUUUCAAAACGAAUAACAUUGCCUGUUUUGAUAGGUUUUUUUAGCUAGUUGGCCGAUAAGAGGCGAGGAGCACGCAGCAGGGACGAGUGCUUCAGUAGGUGCGAGCUAGAGCACCGAAAGUAGGUAACCGGAUGAGCAGGGCGGUACCGAAGUCUGCGAUUGGCCCGUUUCCCCUUGCUGAGCUUGCGGGGGCUCGUCAAAAUUGCGGCGUGGUGCAACGGGAGGAUAAAAAUGGCGCUAAGACAAAUCCUGAGCGAAGAAGAGUUGAGAGAGCAAUGUUGUGAAUGUGCUGAAUGGGCUUUACAACGUGCUACUUCCAUGCGAAAAUGUUUCCUAUACGCAAACAAAUUCAUGGUCCCCGGCAGCUCGGAGUAGCCAGUGUCCGAAUGAGGGGUAGGCAAGCAUCUAAUCCUUUCGGAGCGAGACAAUUUCCAGCUAUUCUAGAAAAAAUGGAUCAGUUUUGUUCGGCAUAUUAACGCACCUUUAAUGCGUCCACUUCAUUUUGACGUGGUGAGUGUUCGCUGUUUUGUUACGUCGCGUGACAAAUAUAGGCGAAGUGGAUGCAGCCCGAAAGCUUUUGACCAAUAGGGGAGAGCUAAUCUCAAAAAAGGAGGAUAAUCGGAAAAGAUUAUUUUAUUUUAUUCGAUUUAAUCAUACAUAAUCAGUGUGUACACGCCAUAGCACACGUGUAGUUCUCGCGGUUUUCGUGACGUCGCGUGACAGAUGGAGGAACGGGGGGGUGGCCCGGAAAAUCUUUGAGCAAUCAUGGAGGGCUGAUUACAGAACAAAAUAAAAAAACUUUGGAAUAGCUUUACAUUAUAGCGCCCCCUGGCCCCGUUUCCACUCGAAUAGAAAACGUCUGCCCACCAAUCGUUCUGACGCUGACUACUAGGAGCUGCCGGCGAGGUUGAAUUUCUUUGCCAAUAAUAAGCAAUCUUGCGUGCUAGUAUAAGGUUGUUGAGCUCUUUCGGCACGUAUACGAGAUCGCUCUGCCAAAUCUUCUUCAUUGACGAUCCGUUUUAGCAGCAUAUUUAACGCCUCCCCAUUGCGCGCCGCCAUGAAUUUCGAACAGCCACAGCAAGAAGUAGGCAAGGGGAAGGGGACCAAUCGCAGACGGCCGGCACCACUCUCGUCACAUGAUCAUCUACUUGCACUGCAGUAGCUUGGCUCAACCAAAUCCUCUCCACUUCUGCGGGCUCCUUUGUCCUUAUCCGCCAAUUACGUAAGAAAAUCCUGUCAAGGUAGGCAAUGCUAUUGGCUUUGAAAUUAAAAAGUGGUCUGCAAUAAAUGAGGAGAGUGUUUCAUUGGAGUGUUCGAACAACGCGGCGGGUCCCUGCCUGAUGUUUGCGUCGGUAGUUACGUAAAUUGAGACUAAGUGAGACCACAACAGCAUCACAGUUGCAUACUUUUACGGUAUAGGGCCCCUGCUCUUGUAUACUUAUGACCGUCAAGCUCCCGAAGAAGCUUCGGUGCAAAAUUAUUUCUUAAUGUCUCGCGCAAGCGCAGAAUUUUACCUGUCGUUCUUCACUAAUUCGCUUUGACAUCAUCAUUCCGUGCAUACAAAUCUGAGACCGUAUUCACAAAACUAUUGAUCCGCAAGUGCGCUUUAAUUUUUGCAGUCUGCCGUCGGUGGUUAUGAUAACUGAUGAUGAAUUUGGAUGAUAAUUCCAAAAUUAUAAUUGCAUGGUGUCUCAUCUGAUGGACAGAUCUAGCGCAAUAACUUUUUUGUGAAUGCAUGCCGUGUUUAGAUCGCAUCACAGACCGCAUAAAUAUGAUGCCAUACACCUUCUGCCAAGUGAAUUGCAUGAUUUCAUGACCAUCCGGCGUUUGCUGUGUCCUUGCUAUGAUAGAUGCUUGAAAUUAUUGAUAUAGCAGAUCAAUUUUACAUAAAUUUACGAGGUGGUCAAGGUUUAAGAACUGGGAUCGUCCCCCACUUCAGGGUAUAGUAAGAAGCUACAAACAAAACCUAGAUGAGUUUCUCAUAAAGAAAGCUUUGCUGUUGAAGAAAGUUAUUCUUCAAGUCCAAAGCUUUCCUGAGAAACGCGUAUUGGUUAGUAGGGUAGGCUCAUGCUACCCUUGAUUGGACGACAAUUUUUGUUUUUUAUUUGGAAUUACACGUAAAUGAGUGAUUUAGGCAUGUCUGAACCUGUCAGACGCAACAGGCAAUCUGCCUAGUCCAGUGAAUGCUGGAGGCCACAUCUGCUAUUGCUUUUCAAGUGGUACAGGCUUCAAUAUAGGUGUGAAAAAGAGAGCAAUGUUAAAUGUGGUGCACCACAAGCAACUGAAAUUUAUGCUUUUCAAAUGUGCUCUCAAAAAUUUGAAUUCGCAUAUUCGCAGUAAAUUCAUUUAUUUAUUGAAGCGUUAGAUAACCGCUACACAUGAGUUAACUAAAGAUAACAAGAGUAUGCUAAAAGAUUCUUCAGAUGGCUGCUAGUAACGUAGAGUUUCAUGCAUCUGCAUAGACAUUUGGUAUAUGGUAUUUUCGACAUCUUGCAUGCCUCUUACUCUGGGAGCAGAGGCACAAUCGGUAUGUAUUUCUUGCGGGCCCCUACUGACAAAGAUUGUUUACAAAAACGUUCGUUGCAUUCCUAGGGAUCCUUCUAUCGAGCACUGUUUAUUACUAAUCAUCAUCAAGAUUACCUGAGUCAUCAAGAUUACCUGAGUCACAAAUGUAUAAGUUUAUAGGUCGCCUUUUGCUGAUAUUUAGUUAAAAAGCUAUUAUAGACUUAGGAGCCUAAUUAUCGAUUUAUUCCUUCUUUUUCAGCAUUUUAAAUAUUGAUGUUGCACGUUCCGAAAAUCCACGCAGAUGUCUUUCCUUCGAGUUCAGUAAUCGUCGCAAGAGCGGUUGCACAUAGUCUGAUGUGACAUUGAAGCAUAAAGGCGACGCUUCACAGCUGCCUAAUUUACAUUCCAAUGCUCAGAGAACUUAUUACUGGCAACCUGUACAAUAAGCACCUGUGUACAGGCAGGAAGUAUCUGUUUUUUUAUAUAUAUUUCCAGUUCCACUGUCAUAUUAAGUGUACAGUGCUACCCUGUUUCAAUGGCAACUUAUCUCUGCUGAAAAUCAAACUUGUUACCGCAGCUACUUCGUAAAUGAAUGAAUCGACAAACGCUUUUCUUAAUAACUGGAGCACAGUCAAAUUGUAAUAUUAGAUUUUUUUUCCUCGCACAAAAGGAACCGAUAAUUAAAUCAGCUUGUCUUUCAUAUUUAAACAAAAAUAUCCUGCCCACGUGACGUGUACCAUUUUCCCCCGCCGAGCAAAUCUUCGAAGUUCUUAUCACUUAAGGAACUGCAGCACAAGGAAAUACACUGUCUAGCACAUUUAUGACAUGUACCGUCGUUGACUAAUGAAACUAGAACUGAACAAUUAAACUAGGAAACAAGUACAUAAAAUUGUUUACGAAUGUUAUAUUUAUUUACCCACGCUUUGUUACACCUAUAAGUUGUCAAAAACCUAAAUAUGUCCCUUGCAUAAAACGAAGUUUCUUCUUUGUUCUGCGGAAUGAAUGAAUGAAUGAAUGAAUUCUGGUGUUGUACAUGCUAAAACCUUGAUUUGAUUGUGAGGCCUGCCAUAGUAAGGGACUUCAGAAAACGUUUGACCGCCUGGGGUUCUUUAAAGUGCACCGAAUGUACGGUACAGGGACGCUUUUGCAUUUCACCCCCAUCGAAAUGCGACCCCGAAAUUCGAUCCCGCUCCCUCGGUCUUAGCAACGCAAUGCCAUAGCCACGACGCAACCACGGUGGGUUUUUGUUCUGCUCGACCCUAUCAUCUUUUGUUACGAUUUCGCUCGUCUACGAAAUUACACACUUCUACAUACACGCUCUGUAAGGUUACGUUGUAUGUGAUAUGAACACAAGAGCAUUCCUCUGCCUCUGUUGGGACUAUGUCGCAGAUGCAGUUACGCAUAGAAAAAGUGCGUGUAUUGGCAUACGGCGCGCCGUGAAGCGACAGCAGUGCUGAGUGGGUUACAAUGAACGCAAGCUGGUGCAACGAGGUACUUGCGAAAUUUCCUAUGUUGGCUGAGCUGCAAGGGUGGUUUCAAGCACAAGACCUCUCGUCCACAGCUGUAUGUUACCCUCUGAAUGCACGAAGUCUUUCUGAAAAUUUUAUGUCCUCUGUAUCUGCUACCGGUGUUCUGCCGUUCCCCCACAAAGAGGUGUUUCAAUUCUGUAUCGUUUGCAAGAGCCGAAACCUCGAACUGCAUUCUCAUAUGUGGGGCUUCGGCCUUAGUAAAGACGAGGUGAUUGAACGGGAACACUUAAUCGGUCUACUAGCCAGGGGACUAGAGAGCUUGGUUGAUAAACAGCAUUUCUUGUGCAUGCGCAGCGCCAUCUUUGCAGAUGGUCUACUUUUACCACAAAAUAAAUGUAUUCAUUGAUUGCCUUCUCCAGGUGUAAAAGGUAAAAAUGAAAAGAGCUGCGUGACCGAACACGUCAGGCGAAAAGGAAUACGAGAUGACUGCGCAUUUUCUGAGCACAUAUCACCGGCGUCGUCAUAUGCCGAGUUCGGGCAGAAGGGUGCUUGUUGUUCAUUAUUUUCAUGAUAGUGACAAAAGGUAAUUUUAUGCGAAUCUCUUCCCUAGACAUGACAUGACAUUGACGGCUUCAUUGUGUAACUCUGCUGUAAAUAUUGAACCAUGGGUUGUAUAUACUCUGUAUAUAUAAUACUGUAUGUUCUGCCUGCAAUAAAGAAAAUACAAGAGAGGA